UCUGCUCUAAUUGUCAACAGGUAUACACAGAUGAUUUUGGAAAUAUAAUACUUCGGUAAUCUAUACUUCCUUUAAUUGCCGCGCGAACACCGGUUGCCGUUUUGCGCACAGUGGGGUCAGUCAGCUGAUCGAAGGGGAGAGGAACGGGAACUAUCGGUGAAUGAGCGGUUCUAGAUCGACGCUUGCGAUCGGAACUGUCAGAACCGAGGAAUCGUCCGCGCGCGUCGGAGUCAACUACCAAACGUUUCGCAACGCAGUCGUGAAGAGACAGCGGAUCGCGCCGCGUUCGCGCAGUGUUCGUCGACGUCGUCAACUUGUCGGAAGUUUGCGUCGUAAUGCCAACAAUCAUAUCCAACAUGGGAUUCAGAAAGAUGAUCAAGCGUAUCUCAAGUGCUAAUGUGCAGUCGGAAAAUCAAAUGUGGACCACAUCGUCGGUGCGGAAAUGUACUGUCGAUGAAUCCUACCGGCAGGCGUUACAACAGUUUAUAGAUCGUCGCCGAAUGUCAAGCGAAUUGGUCACUGAUGCGGAGUUCUAUUCUUAUCAACCCAUCAAGCAGAACGGUGAACACCUCUUGCAAAGAAACAACAAUCGGAACUGCCACAAUAACUCGAAGCAGCGAAAAUACUCAUCGUUUAUACCGGGUGUGUCGCACGUAGAGGCUUCGGAGAUCUUCGAGAUAGGAUGUGUGGCGGGCACAGAAGACCGAUAUCUCGAGCUGGUUUCUGCGGAAUGGCACAAUACGAGAGUAUCUCUGAAGAGGCACACUCAUCCGGCAUGUCAGGGUGCGAUAAAGGCGGACAUAGAAAUUCUCACAGAAAUUCGGCAUCCCAAUGUACUAUUGUUGAUGGCAACGACACAUACGGAUGAACACGGCCUUGUUUCUAUCUUCGAAUCGAUCAACUGUACGUUGUACAAUUUCAUACACGAGCAAGGUGAACGAAUGGGUGUACAAAAUAUCGCGCAAGUAGGAAUGAAAUUGGCGGACGCAUUGAAGUAUUGUCAUAUGCGCGGAUAUAUCCACGGGGCGAUCAGUUCGCAUUGUGUUUAUCUUGUACCCAAUGGUGGUAUUAAACUGGGUGGAUGGGAACUGGCUACUUUGGAAAAUGACAAUACACAACGUAGCUACGAAAAAUGUUUGCGAGCGGAGAUCUUCAAAUGGCAAGCACCGGAAUUCUUCUUUGGAUACGAUCUUUCUACAAAAAGCGAUGUUUACGGCUUAUCGUUGUUACUUUGGGAAAUGGGCACAGCGUGUGUACCAUGGAGCGGAUGUAACCGGCCACACGUAGAAUUGCAAUACACAACGCGGAAGCGCGGUAUCACCGUGGACUUGAAUAAUUUCCCACCGCGUCUUCAAAAACUGUUGGAAAAUGGACUGCAACUUGACGCUGCAAAAAGAACGUUGGACAUGGAUAAGAUACGGAAAUCUCUUCAUAGAUUACUUAUGUCUGAGGAAGCAGAAGCCACGUAUGCGAGCGAAUCUGGGAUACAGAAACUUGAAAAGAACAAUAACAUUAAAAACAUGUAUACGUCGACCCCGAAGAUUUCUCCAUCUUAUGAAAACGUAAUGUUGAUAAAGAGAUUAUCCGCCGACAAAUUAAAUCAUAUGACAGAGAAGCUCACCAAUCGGCUCUACACGUCUACAAUGGUACAAUGCAAUAGAGACUUGGAUGAAAAUAACAUCGAGAAGAAGAAUGCGUCUUUAACCGAUAAUGGUAUCGAGAGACUCGCGACUGAAGUACAGAGUACUGAUCAUAGUAUCUGUAGAAAGCAUUCAAACAGCGUGAAAGCACCCGAGACCGGCGAAAAAUUGCACAACACUACGCGAUCUGAUAUAAAACGAUUGAAAGAAAUAAAUGCGAGUAGAAGGGAACAUUUUUUCAAUGAGAACAACCCAUCGUUCGCUUCUUCAACUCCAAAUCCAACGCGCGUCAAUAAGAAUACCGACUAUGUAUUAUGUAAACCAGCUAGUCACGCAACAAAUAUGGAGCUGAAAUACAAAAAGUCACCCGGUGAAUACGAAGGGAAUAUUAUAAAACCGUCACACACACUAAAACAAAAGAUAUACACAAAUAUGCCUGCCAGUAUUAAGGAUGCGAUAGCGCAACGUCAAGUUUUACAUUCUGAUGUAGAAAGCUUCUACGAGUCAAUAUUAUGGCGAAAGGAGAAGCUAAUUUGUUUAUCACGAAUGGGACGUGAAAAUAAUAAUAAUAAUAAUAAUAUAAAUAAUAGUAGCACCCGCAUACGCCAAUGUUCUUGGCCAUUGUUGCCAAAGUCAUAUAUUAGUGUUACUUGUAAUACUGGCGAAAUGCAACAUCCCAGAUCAGGUUCUACAAAAAGUAGUGAUACGUUUACUAUCGCGAAUACGUUUGAGGAAAGAGUAGAUAAGCGUACCAAAGAUGCCAAAGAGCCGUUAUCAAAAGACACGGAAAGUAACGAUACAUCCAUGGGGGCUCGAAACUUUCCAGGCAACUCAUUGAAAAAUUUGAAGGAUGCCAUCGAACGCGCAGCUGAGAUUGUACGCUCAGGAUCGCAGUACGAAGAUUCAGUCCCGUAUUUACAAACUAGUUGCAAUUCCGAAACUAAUGUGAAUAACACGCAAAAGUAUGAAAGCGCAUUCGAAGACCUGUAUGAAACGAAAUGUGAUGACAAUAACCAAGAGAUCAGUGUUAUCGAAAAGUCGUCUGGCGUGAGUCUACCGGACGAUUAUGCGACCGCGGAAAAUAGCACUGAAAUGGAACACGAGGGAAAAGUCGCUCGUGAUUUUGUAAAUUAUAAAAUGUACGAUGCUACGCGUACAAACAACCUUAUUUGCGAGACCAUAGCGGAGGUGGAUUUCAACGAAUCCCAAACAUCAGUGCACAGUCAACAACAGUUGGAGGACUUGCAAAAGCCAAAACGAGAUGAAGGAGCUUGUAUAAAUAGUGCGUCAAACUCGCGCAAAGCGAAUAUAGCAGAUUUUAAUAUAGUUCCGACAAAAGCUGCUGAUGCGAAUACUUAUUUGCUGCCGAGCAACAUCGUAAGAUGCGAGACUUGUAAUUUGUAUGAUUUAAGCGACUUGCGAAGACGUUCUCUGCCCGCGUGUUUGAAUCAUCUGAAAAUUACUCAGAGCCCAGGCUUGAAAAAGAUUCACGCUCACAAGAGUUGUUUGCGAGACAGCAAUUGUACGAUUGAGGAUCUAUACAUCGACGAUGAGUUCGGCAGCCGAUUAAACGACAAUUUAGUUCUUUUAAACGAUGGUUUACAGUCAUGCGUUAUAGACGACUAUUCAUAUGACGAUCAAAAUCUACUUCAGACUACGGAACUGUAAAUCUCAUUGAACUCGUACACACAUCUUGUUUAAGUCCAUUUAAUUGUAAGAAGCUCCAUCUCUUUGUUUGUCGAUUAAUUUAUCUUUAUUUAUUUUAUUCCAUUCUCCAUUCUUUUUUACCAUUUUGACGACAUAAAUAAAUGCAAGCGAUACAUGCCUAAUUUAGUAUGUAUAUAAUUGUUAAUUUAUGACCAAUGCAAUAAUUACAUUGGAAGUAUCGCUUGAUUGCGUGGAUUGGAAGGAUCGCGUGUUUACGAACACAAUAUAAAUAAUUUAAAAUUAUAUAAAAUGUUUCAAAAUAAUGUGUACAAGUGAACAAAGAAGUAAUUUCAUUAGCAAGCGAACUGAGACGAAUGUCGAAUAAUGAAUUUUUGAUAAAUUGUCAAUGAUGUUAUAUCAUUCUGCUAUACAUGUUCCUUGAAACAGCUUUGAUAUGAUUUUAAAUUAUUCGCCAAAUAUUUUAUAGACACAUAUCUUUAUUUUACAUAACAUACAUAUCUUGUGCAAUAAUGACACAAGAAUUAUGAAGGAUAUCAAUACCUUCUUAUUUUUAGUUUGUAAAAAAAUUACAAUGCAUUGGUAGAAAGAAUAUCAGUUCUCACAUAAAAGUAAAUAUAAAAGCAAUUAAAUAUAUUUUACUGUGCUA